GGCGCCUCUCCAAGCUCCAAGCCGGCGCGAGACACAGGCGAGGGCUGGCAGCGGCCACAUCUGCACUGGGGCCGGUGCGCAUCUGCAAAAGAAAGAGCUGCCGGCCAGGGUCCCCACCACGCAGCCUGCCGCCCCCACCCCCAUCAGCGCGCGCGCGCCCAGCCCCGCUGGCUGGCAGACACGCGCUCGCUCUGCCUACCCUGGCUGGCCCCCACGCUGCCACCCCCGAUUCCCUGAAGGUCCCGCAUCCGGAAAGUGAGCCUGGCGUCCCGGGGUGCACCAUGCCGGCCCUGCUGCUGCUCGGGACCGUCGCGCUGCUAGCCUCCGCAGCCGGCCCGGCGGGGGCGCGCCCAUCCAACGACACGAGCUCAGUGGCCCCGGGCCCGCUGCCCGCGCUACUUGCGCACCUGCGGCGCUUGACCGGGGCUCUGGCGGGCGGCGGGAGCGCGGCAGGUACCAGCGCCAACGCCACCAAGACCAGCCCCGCGAGUAGCACGGGUGCAGCGGCACGGGCGCCUCCUCCGGCCGAGCUCUGCCAUGGCUACUACGAUGUCAUGGGCCAGUACGACGCCACCUUCAACUGCAGCACCGGCUCCUACCGCUUCUGCUGUGGCACCUGCCACUACCGUUUCUGCUGCGAGCACCGCCACAUGCGCCUGGCGCAGGCCUCCUGCUCCAACUACGACACGCCACGCUGGGCCACCACGCCCCCGCCGCUGGCUGGAGGCGCCGGGGGCGCUGGGGGUGCGGGUGGGGGACCAGGGCCGGGCCAGGCAGGGUGGCUGGAAGGGGGCCGGGCCGGGGGCGCUGGGGGACGUGGGGGAGAGGGCCCAGGGGGCAGCACAGCCUACGUGGUGUGCGGAGUCAUCAGUUUCGCCUUGGCGGUGGGCGUCGGUGCCAAGGUGGCCUUCAGCAAGGCGUCACGUGCACCCAGGGCGCACCGGGAGAUCAACGUGCCCAGAGCUCUGGUGGAUAUUCUCAGGCAUCAAGCAGGACCUGCAACCCGCCCGGACCGGGCCAGAAGCAGUUCUCUGACCCCAGGGCUGGGAGGCCCAGACAGCAUGGCCCCAAGGACGCCCAAGAACCUUUACAACACCAUGAAGCCCUCCAACCUCGAUAACCUGCACUACAACGUCAACAGCCCCAAGCACCACGCCGCCACACUGGACUGGCGUGCUAUGCCGCCGCCCAGCCCCUCCCUGCACUACUCCACGCUAUCCUGCUCCCGAUCCUUCCACAACCUCUCUCAUCUUCCCCCGUCCUAUGAGGCUGCUGUGAAAUCAGAACUGAAUCGAUACUCUUCCCUCAAGAGACUGGCUGAGAAAGAUCUGGAUGAAGCCUACCUGAAGCGCAGGCAACUGGAGAUGCCGCGCGGAACGCUGCCCUUGCAUGCACUCCGGCGGCCUGGCACUGGAGGUGGCUACCGUAUGGAUGGCUGGGGUGGCCCUGAGGAGCUGGGUCUGGCACCAGCACCCAACCCCCGUCGGGUUAUGUCCCAGGAGCACCUUCUGGGUGAUGGCAGCCGAGCUUCCCGCUAUGAGUUCACGUUGCCUCGAGCGCGCCUGGUGUCUCAGGAACACCUGCUGCUGUCCUCACCUGAGGCGCUUCGCCAGAGUCGCGAGCACCUGCUGUCACCCCCACGAAGUCCUGCACUGCCCCCAGAUCCCACCACUCGGGCCAGCCUGGCUGCCUCACACUCCAACCUGCUGCUAGGGCCUGGGGGCCCCCCCACACCCAUGCAUGGGUUGCCUCCGUCAGGUCUGCAUGCCCACCAUCACCAUGCCCUUCAUGGCUCUCCUCAGCCAGCCUGGAUGUCUGAUGCGGGCGGGGGUGGGGGCACACUGGCCCGCAGGCCACCCUUCCAGCGCCAGGGCACCCUGGAGCAGCUGCAGUUCAUUCCUGGGCACCACCUGCCCCAGCACCUGCGCACUGCCAGCAAGAACGAAGUGACUGUCUGAGGCCGGGUGGAGUGCUGGGGGCUGUGGCUUCUGAGGCCCCCUUCUCCCAGCCCAGAUCUCCAUUACAAGGCUUAUCAUACACACCAAGGCUCUGAGACCAGAUGGGCCCUUGGACCGGAGACCACGCCUCCUUUUGGGAUGUUACAGUAGAUGAGAUCUCUCCUCCUACUUUGUCACUGUUUGAACCAAGGCCUCCCUCCCAUGAUGUCAUCCCAGAGGAAGGAGGCCUGUACAUGAGGUCAUUGCUAGCAAAUAUGUCUGUGUUUUAUGAUGUUGUUUGCAGGGACUAAACCUCCUUCCUAUGAGGUCACCACAGAGGAAGAGUCCUGCCUAUGAGGUCAUCACUAGAGGCUAUAUCCAUUUUGCAUGACAUCACCACAGAAACUCCUUUCCUGUGAUGUCACUACAGACAAUGCCUUGUCCCAUCCCAUCAUCCCUAGAAACAAAAAUUUCUUCCUGCAGUGUCACUACAGAGACAAGUCUCACACUUCUUGACACUUGUUGACAUUAUCCUGACUGAGCACCAAGGCCUCUUGCAAUUAUCAUCACAGGAAAAAUGUUUCUCUGCCAUGGAGAAGAUAGCUCCAUUCCAUGAUGCCACCACUACAGACAAAGCCAUUUUCCUGGGACACAUCGCAGUGGACCACGUCCUGCCACUUAUGUCCUCACUAAUGAUUAGGCCUCCUUUCCACAAUACUGUCACAGGACUUUGCCUCCCUCCUGUGAUGCCAUCACCAGAAUAGGUGCCUUGCCCAAUGGCGCCAUCACAGGGACUGUGCCUCUUCGUGUGAUGUCAUUACCAGAAAUGACCACCUGUUCUUGGGACUUCUCCAGGGUGAGGCCCUUCUGUGGUGUGACCACCAGUUACCACCCACUUGGAAAUGACACCAGGAGACACCUCUAUCGCUGUGCCAUGUCGUGAGAAAGUUGGGCAUGUGUAGCCCAAGGCCACCUGGGAAGAGGCCAGAGAAAGUAACCUGUCCUGAGAUGUAAUAUGAGGGGCGUCAGCACUAGGGAUGCUAGGGUCUUUCUAUAGGAUGCUGGGGGUGAUGCCCUCUAUUGCUUGGACAUCAUCAUAGAGUGCUUCCUUCUCAGAGGUGGUCCCCACUCUAGAUGACCAACAGUAGUGACUGCAUAAUGAUUGUGUCAUCAGAGUCCUUAUCUUAAGCCCCUAUAGCUGAGCUCUGUGCUUCUUUCUUCGCGUGACCCCAGGGGCAUAGUCAACAGGAUGUCUGCUAGCCCCAGUAAAGGCAGGCUGGGCCUGUGCAGUGAGCCCUGGGGAUGCAGUGAGCCCUGGGGAUGGCACCCAUGGAUGAGCUUCAGCUCCACAGCGGCUCUGAUCCACAGGGCUGCUAAAGUCCUGGGACUCAUGGGUGAGCCAAAGGAUGACAUCACUUCUUUCUGCCAUAUCUAAAGACAUCAGCUCUCAACACAGUCCCCAUCUCUAUUGGAGGGGAAGGGUUAGGGUAUAUGUGCUGUUGACCUUGCCAAUGAUAUCAUCAAUGCCACCCAGUGUCCUCCUUUCAUGAUGGCAUAGCAGUUGGGGUCCAAUGUUAUUUCCCAGAAAUGUGUCAUUUCCCAAAAUUCCAUGACUCACCUCAAUUACCAUAUCAACUUCCAGGCAUUAUCACCAUUAAUGGCGUCAUCAUUGCCUCCCAAGAUCCCUCCCAACCAUGGUGUCAUCAUUUCCCAGGGUCCAAACAACACAUCGUCAUGAUGUCCCAGGAUCCACUAUGUCCUCAUUGCUUCCCAGAAUCCUUCACAACAUGCUCACCUCAUCACCUCCCAGCAUCCAUCACAGCCAGGGGGUCUUCAUCAUCUCCCAGCAAUCACAACCAUACAGUCCUCACCAUCUCCCAGAUGGUGAGAUCCAUCAGAACCACACUGUCCUCAUCUCUCAGUACUUGUUAGGACUGAUAGAGCCAGAGUUUCUUGUGACUCCAUAUAAUUGCAGUGUCAUCUCCCAGGACCCACUUUAGCCAUGUCUUCAUGCCUCAGUAGCCACCAUAGCUAUGAUGUCACCACUUCAUAAAAUCCACUCCAACUGUGGUGUCCUUGGAUUCUUGUGACCAUGUAUCAUCACAUCCCAGUAUCUACCUAAUAGUGUCACGAGUAUCAUAUACAAUGAGCAUCUAUGAGGACCAUCAUUCUGUCACCUCCCUAGAUAGUCAUGUCCUAUCACGACUCAUCAGGAUUUACUGUAACCGUGGUGCCAUCACCUCCAAGCAGCCAUAAUAGCCAACAGUGUCUUCAUUUCCCAGGACCUACUUCAACCCCAGUGUCUCCAUGGCUUAGGGUCUACCAUAAUCACAGUUGUCACCACCCCCCGGACCCAUGACAACAAUAAUGUCGUCAUUUCCAGAGUGUGCUUCAGUGAUGGUGCCAUCGUCCUCUCUCAGAAUCCAUGUAAAACCAUGUGUCCUCAUCUUCCAGGACCCGUGGCAAUUGUGUGCCAUCUACCAGGACCCAUCAUCUUAGGGUCCAAAUGUUGUGACAGGCUAUAUUUCAGUUGUCCUCUGGGGUCUCAUGGCAUUUACAGUUCCUCCCUUUAGGGGAACCAGCACAACAGGCCAUUUCCCAUUUCCUCCAAUGGACUCGGGUGGAGCCAGCUGCCUCCCUCUGAUAAUGUCACCCCACUCUGUCCUUUCUUAAUGUGUCACUGCCUCAUUCCUGAUCCGAAUAGAUACCUGGAUCAGCUUCACCUACAGACUUGGCCUUGGCGAGCCUCCUUCCACUCACUGGUGAGUGCAUCCAAACUCUUCUUGGAUUAUCACUGUCCCUUGCCCAGCCGUCUGAUCGGUGACAGGGUCAUCUUGGUGACCUCUCCACAGCAGCAGCAGAGGGGGAGCUUCCCAGCCCUUAGAUGGCAUCACUGCCCUAACCCACUCCAUCCCUGGUACUUGGUCCCAACCAGGAUCAGAACUUGCUGGCUUGGGCCAUGCUCUGUCUAGAGAGGAUGUAGGAGAUGCCACAGCUGAUAAACCACCUGCUGGCCUAUUCCUGGAGUAUGUAUAUCUGAGAGCAAUGCCCCCUGCUACCUUCAUCUGAAAAGGCCAAGGGUGCUCCUUUGCCUCUUUCCCUAAUAUACCAGGGAGUGAGUACCCAGGGGCUUCAGGGAUUCCCUGACACCCAGUGCACAAUCUUUUCCUGCCACACCCAGUUCUCUGUACAUAUAGCCAUGUUUCAGGGGGGCGGCCAUUCCCCACUCUUAAAGGGCUACAUGCCCCCCUCCCAGCCCCUAUGGCAAGGAGGGGGGCUCUUCUCCCUCCUCUGGGCCGCCCUCUCCCUCUUAUGUCUCCCUCCCCCACCAAAUAUUGGCCCCUAUGGCCAUCCCUUCUUGCCCAGAGCCUGGAUGGGAUGAGAGAUGAUAACAGGCUCUCACCAUGCUGAGGAAAGUAGGGGGUUACCACCAAUCUUCCUAAAUGCCAGCACCAGGUUUUCGGCCUCCCAAGUAAUAGAUGUUCCAUGGGCUCUGCAUCCAUUCUAGGGCCUCCCUUCAAGUGUGCUUAACACUCCCAUGGAACACACAGUUUUCUUCAACCCCCAAGCCCUGAAGAGGUUCAGGGGCUUUCAGCUUUUGUUUGCCCACUCUCUCCUUCCCCUUCAUCCCUCCCCAAACCUGAAUUUCUUCCUGGGAUCUGCCCUCACCCCAGCCUCCACCCUCCACCUGCCCGACCCUGAAGUCUUGACCUCUUAUUUCAAUAAAGCCAUAGUGGGGAGAGGUCUUGAGGGUGGGCCAGCAGACCCUGUUCUGCUCAUCCCCCACCAUCACCACGAUGCUUCCAGAGCUGGGACCUGGCCUUCUGAGUCUUCCCCUCCCCACCCCCACCCCUGCUCCCCAAUAAACACAAAUACACAUAGGCAGGGUGUACCCAUGCAGGAAAGCUCCCUUCUGGCUGGGGGCUGCAGAGGGGGUGUCAGAGACAAGAUCAAAGUGCCACAGCAGAGGUUCCUCGUGCCUCUGAGCCCCAUUCUUACUCCCCUCCCCACAUUUCCUUCCAAUGCUGGACUCACCUUCAUCUUCCUGGUGAGGACAGCAAAAGGAGCAGGCACUUGGCUGGGGGUGGGGUGUUGGUUUUUGUUUUGGA